AUGGGUUCUACUCUUGAGUCUUUUGAUGAAUUGUUGAGUUUGGAAUUCUUGGACUUGUCAAGAAAUAAUCUAUCUGGAGAGAUUCCCAAAUCCUUAGAAAAACUUCGUUAUCUCAAAUAUUUCAAUGUCUCUUUUAAUAGACUUGAAGGAGAAAUUCCUGAAGGACGAUUAUUUGGAAACUACACAACCGAAUCAUUUAAGGGUAGUGAAGCCUUGUGUGGUGCAACUCGACUUCAUGUUCCAAACUGCAAAACUAGACCUCUUAGAAAUUCCAAGGCAAAAACUAAGCUGAAGCUCAUAAUAUAUGUAGCUCUGCCAAUUGCCUCCACAAUUUUGAUUGUUGCUCUGAUAAUCAUUAUCGUACAAAAUAAGAGGAGGAAAGACAAAUUGCCAACUCAAUAA